GAUGUUGCUGUUUGCGUAUUCCGUAGUACAUCACCAAAAUGGCGUUGCGCAUGGUUUGCUCCUCUGUGCUGCGGACGGGCACAGAUUUAGGGGUCAGCAAUGCCAGGACAAUUGCAACUACCGCUUUUUUAUGCCGAAGGUCUGCUUCUUUGGGACCCAUGCCAAACGAGGACAUUGACUACAGAAACUUGGAGUCACUAGAAAAGUAUCGCAGCUACACACGGUACCUCAAGAAAGCUGAGGAGGCGAAGAACUCUCCAGCCUGGUGGAAGACCUACAGACAGUAUCAACAGCAAGAGGACCCUGAACAUGUCUUUAUUCCUGUGUGUCAUGCUGGCCCAGGUGUGGAGAAAGUCAACAUUGGGCUACCACAUUGUCAGUCCGCCAAGGGGAAAGAAAGGAAGGAGCGGAAGAGGGUGGUGAAGGAGAACAGAAGCAGUAUAGAGCUGGAGAGGGCAAUGCGUCUGCGUACCUUUAAGAUCCCCCUGGAUCGGGUACAGGCAUGCUGGGAGGAGAUGAGCGGCCCAUACCAUGUCCAGAGGCUAGCAGAGCACUAUGGGAUCUUCAGGGAUCUGUUUCCCAUGGCCUACUUUGUCCCUCGUGUCACACUUCGAGUCAGCUAUGGCCUGGACAUUUCAGCCCCAGUAUAUUAUGGGAACCACUUGACGCCCACAGAGGCUGCCGUGGCGCCUCAGGUCAGUUUUGAGGCAGAGGAGGGCUCCCUGUGGACGCUGCUGCUCACCUGCCCAGACGAGCAUUUGCUGGACAGUGAAGGGGAGUAUGUGCACUGGCUUGUUGGGAACAUCUCCGGUGGUGCAGUAACCUCAGGCGAAGAGCUGUAUGAAUACCUGGCCCCGAUCCCAGCCAAAGGGACGGGAUUUCACCGCUUUGUCUUCAUCCUGUUUAGACAGGAAGGACUCAUCCACUUCCAGGAAGACGUGCAACGAUCACCAUGUGUGUCACUGUCAGAGCGGAGCUUUAAGACAGAGCAGUUCUACAGGAAACACCAGGACCUCAUAACUCCAGCAGGCUUGUCCUUUUUCCAAAGUCAGUGGGACCAGUCUGUUACCAACACCUUCCAUAACACACUCAACAUGAAAGAGCCAGUGUUUCAGUUUGAGCGGCCGCCUGUCUAUCACCCUCCGCAGGUGAAGUAUCCUCACCGUCAGCCACUCCGAUAUCUGGACAGGUACCGAGAUGGAAAAGAGCACACCUACGGAAUCUACUGAUUUGUUCAAUAUGGGGUUCGUGCACAAUGGCCCAGUGUGAUGGUAAUAAUGUAUGAUUGUAUAAUAAACACAUUUUAUAGGAAA